UAAUUAUCAUUUGAAAAGACUUUUUCUCGAAGUCCAUUGAAUUCGUAAUUAUAUUUUUUCAUUCGAAGUACGCAGAGUAAAUUCGUGUUCAUGGUUAGAGACAAUGGGAAGUGUUACGGUGGCCUUACACCGGAAACGUAAAUGCCCUGCGUGUCUUUCAGCUAAUUGAGUUGAGAGGUCGUAGAAUUUGGCUCUUUGGAAAGACAAUUUUAGAUCGCAUCUUGAAGACAAGAAGAGAGUGUAUGGUUUAUCUAGCCACUGGAGAAUUCAGAUGAGUAAACAUUGAGUCUUUGCGAGUUGAAAAGGUUUUCUGGUCGCCUGUUGGAUCUCAAGUUUGUGUUUUCGCAGUUAGAAGGGCGCAACCGUCCAUCCUCCAUAUUGACUGAGUUAUCAAUAACAUGUCUACGCACAAGACUGCUUCAAGAACCUGAAGAUAUUUGGUGUCAUAUAUUUGACAAAAGAGCUUCUCAUCUUGCAGAUUAAUGGUUCUGUUUGAAAGCCUGAAAUCUUCAAUGUUGUCUAUUAAGGAAUCUUCGGUACUUCCUCGAAUCCUCUUAUCGCUCACUCUUUUCACUGUGGUACACACCACAAAUAGAAAUGCGUCAGAUAAUUCUCAUCAGUUUGGCGCUAUUUCCAGCCCGACUCCGAGAAAUCAAGUCUCCUCAGCAUCACAUGUAGCGAGAGUCGAUGGCGAUGUGUUCCUGGGAGGACUUUUCCCAGUUCAUGCUAAAGGCAAUGGAUCAUCUUUAUGCGGCGAACUAAAUGAACAAGUUGGAAUUCAUCGUGUGGAGGCCAUGUUGUACGCAAUGGAUCAGGUGAACAGAAACAGCGCACUCCUCCCGAACAUAACCUUGGGUAUGGAAAUUCGCGACGAUUGUGGGACAGUAAACACUGCUUUAGAACAGUGUCUGAACUUUGUGCUCGGCACACUUACAAUUAGGGAAGAAAUAUGCAGCUCCCAAGUAGGGGUUCCUGGGGUGAAGGAAAAAGCUACUCUGUUGGGGGUGGUGGGGCCAUCAUACAGCAGCACGACAGUACAGGUAGCUAGUCUCCUUCGUCUGUUCGAUGUCCCACAAGUCAGCUAUGCUGCAACAAGCGCUGAAUUGAGUGACAAGGACAAGUUUGAAUACUUCGCGCGAACUGUGCCCCCGGACUCCUAUCAAGCGCGAGCCAUGAUAGACAUUAUUACAUACAUGAACUGGACAGCGGUCUUCGUAGUUCAUUCGCGCGGCAGUUAUGGUGAACAAGGAAUGCAUAUCUUGGAAAAAUUCUCGGUUAUGAGUAAUGUUUGUAUUGCUGACCAUCGACAAUUAGAACCAGAUUUCACUGAGAAGGAAUAUGACAAGAUCGUAACUCGAUUUCUUAAAGAGAAGGAUAUCCGCGUCGUUGCGAUGUUUUGUAAUGCUGAGGAUCUUCGUUCGAUGCUCCAAGCCGCUAAAAGAGCGCAGAUUCGAGGCGAGAAGAAACGGUUUAUUUGGCUGGCGAGUGACUUUUGGGGGACAAGACUUCGUCAUGUUGAAGGUUUGGAAGAUGUCGCUGAUGGCGCCAUUACCAUCGAGUUUCAAACGUUUAAGACACAAUUAGAGCCAUUUUACGAUUAUUUUUCGAAGCUGAAUCCAUGGAACAACUCAAGAAAUCCUUGGUUUAAAGAGUACUGGGAGAAGCAUUUUAAUUGCAAAUUUAAGAACGAUUUGUUGUCCGAGAAUCGUCGUUGUUCUUUCCCCGUGAAUCGUUCUUCGGUUCCGGCUCUUGACAGAUUCGAUGCUAAAGUUCCUUUCGUCAUCGAUGCGGUGUUUUCAUUUGCGCACGCGCUUCAUAAUAUGCACCGAAAUGUCUGCGGCCAGGCGCCAAGCCUCUGCUUGGCCAUGAAGACACUGGAUCGCUCUGUGCUAUUGUGGUAUUUGCGGAACGUGUCUUUUAAUGGCACAACUGGGCCGGUGAAAUUCGAUUCCAACGGCGACAGUGCUGGGAAGUACGACGUUUACUUAUUUAAAAACUCUCCCAGUGAAUACUAUAGGAAACUGGGAAGCUGGGUCCAAGGAAAAUUGAUGUUGGACCCUCGUGAACUUUACCAAGCAAAUAACUACCUUGAAUCGCAUUGUGGAAAGCCUUGUGAACCUCAUGCCAUAAAGCGCAUACGCGAUACGGUCUGCUGCUGGACAUGCGAAGACUGUGACGCAGACUCGUACGUUGAAAAUGACUUUACGUGCAAAACAUGUGAUAAAGGAACUAAGCCAAAUGCUACGUUCGACGGCUGGGAACCCCUACGUGAAGUAUAUCUCAGCGAAGUGUGGAUAGCUUUAGUUGGCGUAUUUGCGUCUCUAGGAAUUCUUGCCACUGCCGCUGUAUGUGUUGUGUUUCUUAAAUUCGCUCACACACCGCUCAUAAAAGCAUCCGGACGCGAAUUAUCCAUUGUCCUUCUUUCUGGAAUAUUACUCUGCUACAGUUUUGCUUUCGUAAUGGUGUCGAAUCCAGGCAAAGUUGUCUGCGCGAUCCAAAGAUUCGGAAUUGGUUUGUGUUUCUGUAUGUGUUAUUCUUCCUUAUUGGUACGCACCAAUAGAAUUGCGCGCAUUUUCAGCGGUAUUAAAGCACCAUCGUUCAUUAGCCCAAAGUCACAACUUCUCAUUACUGCUGUAAUAAUUGCUCCAGAGCUUGCCGUGGCCAUAACGGAGCUUUUGAUCCAGCCACCAAAAGCCAUCCCAUCCUACGAGCAACAAGCCUUUGUACUUAUCAAAUGCAACAUAAGUACUGUUGGAAUGGUGAGCUUGUUCGGCUACAAUGCUGUCCUUAUAAUAUUUUGCACAUAUUACGCGUUCAGAACUCGUAAAACUCCGUUGAAUUUUAACGAAGCUAAAUUUAUUGGUUUCUGCAUGUACACAACGUGUGUGAUAUGGAUCGCGUUCGUCCCAGUGUAUUAUGGGAUAGGAGGAGGAUUCCAAGCCGUUGCUCUGGCUUUUAGCUCUGUUAUUAGCGCCACAACAAUUUUAAUCUUCAUCUUCAUACCAAAAGUCUACAUUGUGGUCUUCAAACCCGAGAACAACAUCCAGCGCAAUUCCAGAUUGCGCUCAAGAUUGAAGUCUUUUGACUUAAAUGCACCGGAGUCAGAUACUGUUUUCAAUGGUCAGUCGUUCCGCAAGGUCAGCGGCAGCGUUCCCUCGACACCUAGUUUGAUCACGAGCAAAACGAUCAAGAAUGGAGGAACACAGCAUCAGAGUCAACCUCAGACACCCCGCUUCACAGCAAUUUGACUUCAGAGACUUGACACUGGUUUCUAAGGACGCAUGACAAAAACACCUUGAGAUUGUCCUUCAUUUCCAAAGACAGAACCAUUGACGAUUGCGAUGAGAUGAUAAUGAGCCAACAAAACUCAGAGCAAAAGUGCGGGAAAAAGGAUAUAGCUGAAAGGUGUCGAAAUGCAUGCUACCGAUGAAAAGUGUAGGAAUGCAUGUCGCGGGUGGAAAGAGCGAGGGAAUAUGACGUCGGUGAAAAACGCUGGAAAGCAUGUAGUGGGUGGAAAUAAAUAGGAUUAUGGCACUGGUGAAAAGCGUGGGAAAAACAAUUCGUUGGUGGAAAGAGCAAGGAAAUAUGGCGCCGGUGAAAAACGCGGGAAAACAUGUUGCAUGUGGAAAGGGAAGCAGACCACACUUACUGUAAAUCCUCUAUUAAGCGCCCCCCUCUUAUAAGCCAACUCAUUUAAUUAGCCCUCCUCUUUAGAGGAAGAAAGUUAUUGAAUCCCCCCUCUAUUAAGCUCCCCCACCCGUCCCCCUCAAAAGCAAAAUUCAGAAUAACACUUCAUUUCAGUAAGUACGAUAAAUUCAUUCAAGUACUCUAAUUUUAGUUUGUCAUUUAAAAUUGAUUAUGGUGAUUGAUUGACUCUGCCAAUUUGGUAAAUGAAAAAAUUUAAAAUGAGAACCAUGUUUGAAUAAAUGCGGUACAUCAUAUCCUAUUGUAUCCUGGUAGUGAACAUCGCCCUGCAUUAAGCCCCACCCUUUGGUAAGCCACCCCCCCUCUAAGGCACCUGAAAUAAAUAAGCCCCCGAGGGGGCUUACUAGAGGAUUUACGGUAAGUAAAAAGCGCGGGAAAGCAGAAUACAGAAGUCAAAGUGUAUGAAAAAAAAAUCUUACCGAUGUUUGCUGCGAAAACUGAAUUGUAUAUUAUGAAACAGCGAUUUGUAUUUUCGAAAGUGUAUUGAAACAUUCCUUUUGGAAAAGGCAGUUAUGCCAGCACAAAAUUUUGCAUACCUGAUUCACUGGCAAUGUAGAUAAAAAAUAAUAAUUUCAGAUUUGUCUGGGUUGAUCUCGAGAUGUACUUUUAUUUUUCUCAUACUACUUGCCAAACAAAUAUAUUAAGAUUCUCAAUUUGAAGUGUCGUAAUUGUAAAGAAUACAUCUAAAUUGUAGGCUUAUUUGGUAGAGAAAUAAAAUGGCUGAUUCUUUCUGUUUCCAUUUA